AUGCCGGAGUGCUUCCUCUUCGUGGGCAACCCCGGCGUAGGAAAGAGCACGAUCUUGAACGGCCUCAUCUCGGAACCGAGGUUCAAGUCCGGCUUCAGCCCUGGCCAGGGGAUGACUUCGGUACUUCAAUGCGAAGAAAAAGGCGGCAAGUUUUACAUGGACACUCCGGGCUUAGCCGACGUGGAGAAGCGAAGGAUUGCGGCGAAAGAGAUCGAGAAGGCGCUGAAACAGGACGGCGACUACCGGAUCUUCUUUGUGUUGACGCUGGAAUCCGGGCGAGUGCGCCCACAGGACAAGGCCACCAUGGAACUGGUGCUGCAGGCCGCGCCCUGCAUAGGCCACAAGUACGGCAUCCUCUUCAACAAAGUCAGCAAGCGGGCGCAGGAGGAGAUAACGCAAAACCCCGCUCGUGCUGACCCUAGUCCGAGGGACGUCCUGCUGACGCACCUGUUCAGCGGCAACCUGCCCGUCACGACAGCGAUUCACUACAACCCCAACGACGAUGACCUGGAGGAUGCUAUGAAUGUGGUGAAGCCAUUGAGGCCCGAGCUGGUCCGGUUCAUCCAAGGCCUGCCUGUGAUUUGCAUAAACUCCAGGAAGGUGAAGGCGAUCGAAGCUGAUCAACAGCGGCAGUUGGAAUUGAUGAAAGCAAAGAGGCGGAAGCUGCAAGAGAUUCAAGAGAAUCAGCAGAGGCUUCAAGUUGAACUCGCGCAAGCUCGGCAACAGCUGCACCGGGGGCCCAAAGCACUGUCCGAGGUUCGCGUGGGGGACCGGGUGCUGUCUGUAGAUCAGAGAGGCCGCAUUUGCUUCGAUGAUGUCUACUUCUUUGGUCACGCAAGCCCGACAGAGACUGCAACAUAUCACUGCAUUUGCACUGCCUCCGGCCGGAUGCUGCGCGUCUCCAGCAUGCACUUCGUGGCCUGUCCCCGCAGCACGACCUCCAGCUGGAAGGCGACCACCUUUGAGUAUGCAAAGGACGUGUGUCCAGGGCAUUGCGUUUGGGUGGAGGUCCGCGGCGAGCUUGUGGCGGAAGUCGUUACGACGGUAUCCUGCAGCUUGGCUUUGGGGCUGUUCAAUCCCUACACGCUCACAGGAACCUUAAUUGUGGACGGAGUGGUGGCAAGUGCUCACAGCGACUGGCUGCUGGACGACUUUUGUCCACGGCGUUGUGUUGGCUGGCUACCGGCCACCUAUCAAGCAUUGUUUCUGCCAGGUAGGCUCUUGUACCGUGGGCUUGGAAGCAUGGCUGCAGAUGUCUUGGAUGUGAACAACCCUCAAAACAACCAUGAAAAGAAAGUUGGCACGUCUCCUCGAGCCUUCGCCUUCCUUCUUGCGCUUUCCGUGGUGCCGGUGGCCACCACGGGGGCCUUGCUACACCAGGUGCUAUGA